UGUGGAGAUAAAAACAACUGCGUCCGCAGAGUAACCUGGAAAACCCAGCGGCUUUCAUCCUUAACUCUCUUUCUCUUAAAUACCACCGCUUCAUUCAUCUCUUCUAUUCAACAAAAACAACAUCAUCCUCUCUCUCUUCUUCUUCUUCUUCUUCUUCUUCUAUAUAGCUUCAAAAGAACAACACUUAAUAAUAAUCUUUCUACUUGUUAUACUUCUUUGAAAAUGCGUAUGAGCUGUAAUGGAUGUCGCGUUCUUCGCAAAGGCUGUAGUGAGAAUUGCAGUAUACGACCUUGUCUGCAGUGGAUCAAAUCCCCCGAGUCUCAAGCCAACGCCACUGUCUUUCUCGCCAAGUUUUACGGCCGUGCUGGGCUCAUGAACCUGAUUAACGCUGGCCCUGAACAUCUGCGUCCUGCGAUUUUCAGGUCCUUGUUAUACGAGGCUUGUGGGAGAAUAGUGAACCCGAUAUACGGGUCCGUCGGUUUGUUAUGGUCGGGUAGUUGGCAGCUCUGCCAGGCGGCUGUUGAGGCCGUGCUCAAGGGGGCUCCGAUUACGCCAAUUAAUUCUGAAGCUGCGGCGAUCGGCCAGGGCCCACCUCUCAAGGCGUACGAUAUUCGCCAUGUUUCGAAAGACGAGAACUCUGCAGCGUCAGUUGAGCGGGUUAAGACUCGGUGCCGGGUUAAGCGAGUAGUUAAGCCGAAAGCUCAGAAGAUUGAGUUUAACAAAUCGGUUGAUGAACCAGCGCGGUGCCCGGAGACUAAAUUUUACGCAGAUGAAAUGAACCGGUCCACGAGUCACGAGUCGUCUCUGAGUCACCAGUCCGAGUUGGCCGUUGUCGAGAAUGAAAGCAAGGAGAGCGAGAGCAUGGUGUCUGUGGAGACAGCUGAAACGGCUUCGCUCUUCUUCCGAGCGGAGCCGGAGUGUGGCGCCAAGCCGAAUGAGCGAGCCGUUCAGGAUUGUUCUUGUAAUGAUAUUGGGUUGGGGCUGGAGCUGACACUGGGGUUUGAGCCGGUGGUUUCACCUGCAAACCACGUGGUGCCGGUGAAGAAGAGAAGGUUGGAAGGAUGUGGCACGUGUGAGGGAGACACGUGUAAGGUGGAGCUGGGGCUUGAUUAUGCAGCAUAAGUUAAAAGUGAAAGCCUGGUGAGUGGUGACAGUUUUGGCAGCUCGGCGGCUUUGUUAAUUCCCAUAGAAGAGAUGUGAAUUUUGACUCUUAUUAUUAUUUUUUUUUAUUUUUGUAAGUUUUUAAAUUUUUGUUUUUAUUUUUCCCUUUAUGAUGAACAAAGAGAUGUACAAACUGUGGUUUACAUGAAUAGAAAUGGUAAAUGAAUGGAGGGAAAGAAUGACUGUAUAUUUUAUUG